UCCAGUGCAGCAGCAGCAGCAGCAGCUGAGUGUACAAGCGCCAGCAGACAAUAUGGCUGUUCCAGGAGUGCGGUCCACAGGGUGCUUGACCCCAAAGGGCGGGCGCAGUUCUGUAAUCGUGCCAUCCCCUUCUGCUCCCAAUCAUCAUAAGUCCAAGAUUCUGUUGCCCAUCAUCAAGUUCUUGAUGAUCGGUAGCAUAUUAUGCCUUGCGCUGCAUUAUGCCCUGGAUUACAGCGGCUUCAAUGCGGCUUUUUAUAGAAGCGUCACUGGCAGAAGCACACCAGAGAGUUCUCCUGUGUUGCAAACGUCUGGAGGAGGGGGUGCCUCUACGGCUGACCCUGUCCAAGGGGUCGCAAAUGGCAAUACCCCUGGCACCGAUGUUGGUACUGUGGGCGCCGGCAGCAGUGGUGGUGGGACAUCAGGUGCGGGAGGUACAGGGGCGGUUGUUCGUGAUGCCGCCUUGGCUGCGACUAACUUGAAAGGGGCUCUUCUCGUUGCCGGUACCUUUCAGAUGUGUCCUCGCGGUAGUUCGUCCACGGACCAGCGUAAGAGCAUGUCUUCGGCCUAUGGGGAACUGGCGCGACUGUUCUUGAAGAAUAAGGUCGAUUAUGCAGGCCAUCAUGGGUUAUCUGUAUGGCCCUUCCUCGGCGAUCUGCAGGUCAAAGAGGCGCCUUCGCUGCCUGAGUGGACGAAGAUCGCCAUCCUUAAUUACCUGUGGCAAUCUCAUACUGAGAGGGAAUGGUUCCUGUGGAUCGACGGCUCCAUCAUGGUCCUGGAUAUGGCGUUCGACAUUCCAUGGUCGAAGUACAAAGGGUUCGAUGUCGUCCUCUGGGGCAAUGAACCGGAGGUGUUCAUCGAUGUGACUCGCGGUGGCAGAGCUCAGUGCAAGGGUGUAGACACAGCUGUGUUGCUGGUAAGGCGAAGCAAGUGGGCAAGGAAACUGCUCAAGGAAAUGCUGAGCUUGCAGCGGAAGGUAGCCACCGCUGCCGAUUCCGGACAGACCAUGGCGGAUCUUCGUGCAGUUCUCAGCGAUCUCCCACCCGAUGGCGUGUUUACGCCGGAAUGCGCGUUGUCCUAUCUCGUUGCAAACAGCACUGAAUGGCGCCGCAAAAUUUAUUUCGAGAAGGAACACUCCUUGAAUGCACCUUGGACGGAUGCUUUGCCAACGCUCGAGGAUUACAUUGCUCAACCCUCAGACGGAGUGGGUAGCUCACCCACGGCAGCCAUGGGCACGGAUCUCAAGUCCAAAGAGUGGGUCGGCGACGGAAGGAAACCGCCUUUCCUUGUCAGCUUUGCAGGGUGCAAUUUCUGUGCCAAGAACACUGGCACUGAUGAUGGUAAGACUAACUUUAGCAGCACCAGCAGUGGCAGCAACGCCCCCGAAGACAGUCCUGAAAAUGAAGAGUGCGCGAAGGGCAUACGCAAAGCAUUCGCCUUUGGAAACAACCAAGUGGUUGCUGCGCUGAACCUGCGCUACAAGUCUUUGUAUGACACGUGGGUAGUGCCCAUCAAAUCAGAGGAGGAGACGACACAGGCAGGCAUCCCCAUUGCUGAGCAGGAGCAUGUUUCCGACUUGCCAACUCCUGAAGCAAAGACUGCGAAUGGCUCAUCCGACAUCGAUGGUGGUGGGAACGCAUCCGAGGAGGCUGCGAUUGCCAAGGAGAAUGCAUCUGCUUCUCCUCCACCUCUUGCGGCAGAGGAAGCGUCUCCUAAUUCGAAAGGUGCGGAGACGGACAGUCAAACAGGUCUCAAAGAGGACGCAGGACACAAAGAAGAGCGUGUCACCGAAGAGCGGCCGCCAGAGCAACAGCGGCAGCUGGAGGGGGCUGAUCGUGACAAAGCAGCCUCCGCAGAAGUCCACACAGCAACCGGUUCCUCCCCUGUUGGUGAUUCUGACAAGAAUGNGAAGUCCACACAGCAACCGGUUCCUCCCCUGUUGGUGAUUCUGACAAGAAUGCCUCGCCAUCUGCCAGCAAGGACGCUGUGCAGGGCCCUCCGGCCUUGUGAGAGAUGGUUUGCAAUUGUUCCCGUCUGAUGCUCUUCCCUGACUCCUUACCCGCAACGAUGCUGUGCAGGUUUUUGCCUGUUUUUUUGUUGUCAAUAAGCGGCGUGAAGGAAGUAUUUCCUGCAUAUGUGUCGCAUGUUUAGCGCAGGAUGUGGAUUGACCAACAAACAAAAGGUCUCCUGAUUGAGUGUGAAGAUAAGGUCCUGGGGUCUGUUCCGAUCCCCCACAGACAUGCGGUGACAUUCACAUGGCUGAACCCAUGGAUGCAUGUCCCCCCCUCUAGCGUGUCCAGAGCCGAUCAAUUUUAGAGAGGAUUAGGUUCCUUGCGGCAGUGUUGCAUCAUGGCAGAGCAUGCCAUUGUGUU